AUGUUAACACAUCAGAUGUUUUGUAACUAUUACCCAUUAGAUUCAAUUGCAUGUGUUAGCUAAACAAUAGGAAUCAAAUGUAAAUUUCACAUCUAAAAUAGGUUAUUAUAACUAGUUUGAAAGUUCUUGUAUGGAUACUUCAUCAACUAGUCAUGGUUGUUAGCCUACAUUAAACUAGUUAGCAUGCUUAAAUUAACUUACUAAUUCGAUUGGAGAGGAAGCUCGAUGUAAGAAUUUUAAUAUUGAUUUAAGGCACAUUUGGAAAGAGAUGUGUAUCUAUUAAACCUACUCAUCUGAUAAGAUUGGGGUGUGAUGAGAGGUUCUCGAAGUAUGCAUGCACAAAUGUAGCAAGAAGAGAUUGUAUUUGGAAUGGAAAUAAAUGCACUGAAUAUGUAAGUAUUGUUCCAGAAGGAGAAUAAUGUGAGUCUAUAUUUGGGAAUUCUGUGACACCAUCAUUAUGUUCAAAGAUAUAGAAUUUGAAAUGUAUGAUUCUAACUUAAAAUAGGCAUGAAUGGCGGUUUUUCUUAAGAUUACAAGUGUAUUAGUGUUAAUGAAUAAGUGUUAGGGAAAUUGAAAUGUACUGAUUUAGGAAUAAAUUAAGCUACUUGUAUUUCAAUAUCAACAUCUAAUCAACAAUGUAUUAAUAUCAACAAAUAUAAUAGGCAUAUUUAUUUAGAAUAAGUGUUAAGACAUUAAAUCAGUAAAUAUAAAUAAAUGUGAAAUGGAAUUGAAUAGAUUAGGAUGUCUAGGUAUUUAUAAUCCAAAACUAUUAUGUUAAUGGAAAUCAGGUAAGUGUUAGAAUUUUGUGAAAACUUUGGAUUCAAAAUGUGAAAAUGUUAGAGAAGUAAAUUAAAGUGUAUGUCAAUAAUUUGAAGGUAAAUGUAAAUUUGAUACAUAAAACUUUCUUUGUAAAAUACCAACAAUUGCAGAUAAAUUAACAUGCAAUACAAAUGGAUUAACCAAAGAACUAUGUUUAUCAUUAAAAAAUUAAUAUUGUACAUUUACAAAUGGUAAAUGUGAAGAAAUUACUUUAGAAGAUUUAAAAUAUUAUUAAUGUGAAAUGUUAUUAAAUUAAGAUGCUUGUGUGAAUGUAUAAACAUAAUAUUAAUAUUGUAAAUGGGAUGGAUUAAGUUGCAUUAGAUAAAUUAUAAAUUAAGAUUUGGAUUGUGAAUUAGAUAAAAAUGACACUAUAUCAAAAUAUAAUGGAAAUGUAUGUUAAGCAAUAUCUAAACCAAAUGUAUCAUGUAAAUAUAAUGCAUAAACACAUCGAUGUAUGAAUAGUGAUGCUAAUGAUUUAUGUGAUUCAUCAUAUAUAAAUUUAUUUGGAUGUGUUAGCAUAACAAAACCUGGAUAAACAUGUUAAUGGACUUUAAAUGGAUGUAUUUAAAUAGAAAUUAAGGCACUUGAAACUACAUGUUUUAGUUUAUAAUUUGCAAAUCCUAAUGCUUGUUCUUAAGUUUAUGAGAAUUCUUAAAAAGGAUGUUAUUUUAAUGAGGAUACAUCAAAAUGUGAGAGUAUUGAUAUAGUUAAUAGUUCAAGUUUAUUAAAUACUCUUGAAUGUUAAAAUAGAAAGAAAGGAUUAAAUAGAGUAGCAUGUGCAUCAAUUACAACAUAAGGAUAGAUUUGUAGAUGGAAUUAAAAUUAAUGUUAAUAAAUAAGAAAAAAGGUAGAUGUAGCUUAAGUAGAAUGUUUAAAAAUGUAAUUUGUUAAUCCUUAAGCAUGUGCACUUGUUGAAUAUGGAAAAGAACCAUGUAGAUAUUUAGAAAUUGAAAAGAGUUGUGUUAAUUCAAUAAUAUCUACUAUGACAUGUAAUACAGCUGGAUUAAAUACAUAUUCAUGUGCUUAAGUAGUAGGUAGUUGUUAUUUUGAUACAGAAUUGAAUAGAUGUAAAUAAUUAGAUUCAACUAAUCCCGAUACUGCAACAUAAGUGACUGAGUUACUAUAAAAUAUGUAAUGUUAAUCUAGUUCACCUACUAUGGAUGUUUGUACUAAGAUAAUAACCUUUGGACAAUUAUGUUCAUGGUCAGAUAGAUAAAGUAGAUGUUUAAAUUAAACAGUUUUAUUAAAUUAAAAAUGUUCUAAUUUUUCAUCAGGUGUUAAAGUAAAUGCAAAUGUAUGUGCUGCAAUAGAAAUGGAAUUUCCAGAUUAUGAUUUUAGAAUUGGAAUUAAUAGUGAUGUUGAUAGAGGAUACUGUAAAUUUAUGGCUGAAUCUGGAACAUGUUCUAAAAAUACUGAUUUAUGUAGUACACCUUGUUGCACAGAGAAGAUAGGAAUAAAUGCUCAUUCAUGUAGUAGAUUUUCAUCUUAAACUCCUGGUGUUUAUUGUUUUUUUGGAUCCAAUUUAAGAUGUUAGUAAUUGACUUGGGAAGUAGUUGAUAUUUCAAAACCAGAUGCAGUUAAGAAUUACUAUAAUGCAAAUUAAAUGAGAUGUUCUUAAAUGAAUAGAAAUUCAUGUCAUAUGAUUGAAUGGUCAUCAAAGUAAUUAUGUUAUCACAAUGGAAAAUCUUGUGUUAAUUUAAAUUAUUCUAAUUAUGGAAAUUUAGAUAUAUUCAUACAAUUCCCAGCAAUUCUUAAUAGAUAUGGUUGUUUAGCAAUAGAAGCUACAAUCACAAAUAGAAAUACCUUAAAAUACUUUUUAUAUGAUGAUUUCAAUAAACGAUGCAAACCAAAUGUUGUAACAAAUUAUCCAACUUGUGAUGAAGUUAAAGGAAAUAGUAAUGUAUGUUUAAGAUUCACUUAAAAUAUUUUGUGUAAAUGGAAUCCUAUAUUAUUAAGAUGUUAAGAUAUUACUCUAGAUGAAUAUGAGGAAAUUUAUACUUGUUCAUAUAAUCAGAAUUAUAAAGCAUGCAUUGAAAAUCCAAAUACAGCUUGUUAAUUUUCACUUAUUAAUGAUAAAUGUAUUGAUGCACCAAUUGAUGUAGAAUGUGAUUAUUUUAAUUCUAAUGGUCCUGUAAGUUAAAGUGCUUGUGUAAGAAUUACUAAAGAUGGAUAAUUAUGUGAAUAUGAUUCAGGUAAUAAAGCAUGCAAGUAUACAAAUAUCAAAUCUGAUAGUGGUUGUGAUGUCACUGGAGCAAAUUCAAUAACUUGUUAUAAAAAUACAGGGGGAUAUUGUAGAUGGGAUCCUAAAGCUUAUGUAUGUUAUGAAAAUCAAACUGAAAUUUCAUAAUUAGGAUGUGAGGAUUAUCUCAACAAGAAUUUAUGUGUAUAAGUAACAAAGGAACCUUGUGUUUGGGAUAAUAGCAAAUUCAAAUGCAUAAAAUUGACAUUAACAGAUAAAUAGUUUGUCUUAUCUGAUAAUUUAUACAAUAGAUUAGGUUGUUAUUCAAUUACUGGAGGUCCUUAUUAUCAUCAUCCUGAUUAUAGAUGUCUUUCAUUAACAGAUAGGAAUUAUAAAUGCAAAGAUCUUCACAUGAACGAAUAUGCUUGUUUAUUUCAUACUCUAAAUAAUGAUUGUUAUUUUGAUCGUAAUGAAUCUCCCUUAAAUUAUAAGUGUAAACCAUUUACAGGUGAAUAAACCAAAUGUUCUACUAAUGUUGCAAUAAAUAUUGAAGUUUGUAUGCAAAUACCGUCUAGUUGUUAUUUUAAUCAAAAUACAUUAAAAUGUGUUGAUGUUGAAAUUACUGAAACAUAAACAUGCACUAAUCUUAAAUUAUAAUAAAUAAGUGGAUACUUUUACAAUAGAAUUGCAUGUGCUUCAAUAAGUUAAUAUCUAGAUACCACAAAUGGAUUUAGGGUAUGUUAUGGGAUCACUAACAAUGCGUAGCAAUGCCAUUUUGAGAAAUAUUGCUAUUGGCAUUCAGUUACAAAAACUUGUGAAAUUUGGCAACCAACAAUUGAGUUUAAGUUUCAUCCCUCUUACAAUUAUGUAUGUGAUCAUGAUGAGGAUGGCAAUGAAAUAUAAUGCGAAAAAGAGGCUGUUUGUGAAGAUUAAAGUUUAACAAAUAGUUUAACUAGUUGUUCUAACUUAUAUUCAAGAGCUCUAUGCUUAGAAAUGGUUGUACAAUAGUGUUAUUUUGAUAUUAAUUAAGGUGGGUGUCUACCUUUAAGUAAUAAUUAACAUAAAUUACCUGAUUGUACUUCAUUAGUUAAAACUUGUGAUGUGAGUUAAACACCUGGAAUAAUCUGUGAGCUAUCUUCAGCUGAUCCAGAUCUGUAACCAGGAAAAUAAUGCAAAUCAAUAUCAAGAGGAAUAACAAAAUGCAUUAACAAUGGUAGUGUCUAAUUAGGAUUAGAAUGUGCUUUAUAUUCGAACGAAAGUAGUCCAGUAAUUUGUGCUUCAGCUAGUGAUGCAUGUAGAUUAAAUAAUAAAUGUGUAUCAACUGAACCAAGUCUUUCAUAAGGAGAAACUAAAAUAGAUAAAUGUGAUAAAAGUAUGAGUUAAACAAUGUGUGAAGACAUGGGAUGUAACUAUACUAAACUUAAUUAUUGUUAAAAGACAGCUUCUGUACCUUAGAAAACAAGCACUAAUUAAUAUUACUUAUGUUAUGAAGUUAAUCAACUAAAAAUAGCCAAUAAAGAUGAAAUUUGUAGUUAAGUUGAUCAAUCUUGCAUUUAUUCUAGUAAAUGUGAAGAUGCCACUGGAUAUACUUGUUCUUAAUUAAUUAGCAAUAAAGUAAGUAAAAAGGCUUGUAUUAGUUGUCUUGAAUCUAAAGUAGUAUAUAAUGCAGACACUUAUAGAUGUUCAGUUAUAAGCAAUGAAACUUUUACUACUUGUGAUGAUAAUCUAAAUUAAUCAGCUUGUUUAAUUAAUACUCCAAAUAUUCUAUGCAAAUGGGAUUCAAAUUAAUGUACAUUGAUAUCAAAUUUGUCAAAUGAAACCAGUACAGAUUGUACAAUAUAUAAUUAAUACGCUUGUCCUUAAUUAACUAAAGCAAAUUGUUAUGUAAAUAUAUCUACUUCUCUUUGUUCUAAUUUUGAUCCCAUUAAUGCCAAAUGUUCUGAUAUUAAAUAAAAGUCAUUAUGCAUUUAAUCAAAUUAUGAGAGAUGUAAAUGGGAUGAUGUUAAUAAAUGUGUAAAGGUUGAAACAGAGACUGAUUAUACAUGUAGUAUUGCAAAUUAGUAUGGUUGUUUAAAUAUGACAUCAAAAUAAUGUGGUUGGUCAUCUACAAAUAAAGCUUGUUAUAGUUUUAAUUUUGAUCCAGAUUACAAUAGAUGCAAUAAUUUUGUACUAAUAAAUAGUAGUAGUGAUUCUGAUAAUCCAGAUCCAGAUAGAAAUUUAGAUAAAUUCAAUAGUCUAGUAUGUUCAAAUCUAGGAAUUAGUAGAGCAUGUAUAAGAGAUGAAUAAUAUAGAUGUAGAGAAGUUAUAUCUGCAGAUUAAUUGAAGUGUGAUUCUCCUGGAAUAAAUGAAUAUGCAUGUGUCAAUAAGACUGUUGGAAAAUGUAAAUAUGAUGUAAUUUCAAAAUCAUGUGUUGAGGAUUUAGGUAAUACAAAUGGAUGUUCAAAUAAAUUAAAUAUAGAAGCUUGUCUUAUUCAAAAUGAUGUCUGUAAAUUUAUUAAUAAUACUUGUCAAUAAUAUGAUUUAACUGGAUACACAAAUAUUGAUGAGGAUGAUAAAUUUCCUUAUUCAAUUAAAGUAUGUUCCUAUUUUGAUGAUGUAACAACUGCAAGUAUAGUUUAUAGUCCUGAAAAAAUGAGAUGUGUUAAAGCAACUACUAGAGAACCAUUUAUUAAUAACUGUUCAUAAGUAGGAAUUAACAAAUAUGCAUGUUUAAAUAAAACAACUGUUCAAUGUCAAUAUGAUAACGUAAAUAAAUAGUGUCUCUCUGUUACAAGAGAAAAACUCACUAGUACUACAACUUGUGAUCCUACUUUUAGUUGGAUAGCUUGCAUAUCAAUUAAUGCUUAAUGCUAAUUCAAAGAUAAUUAAUGUUAAUCUGUCCCUAUAACAACAUUAUGUUAAGAUUUAAACAAUUCAUCAGUACCUACUAAUUCUAUGGUCUGUUAAACUAGAGAAAAUCCAACUGAUAAAGCAUGUAAAUGGAACACUGAAACUAAAGCUUGUAAUGUUGUCUCAGGCACAACUGAAGUCUGUUCAUAACCUGGUUUAAAUAAAAUAGGGUGUAUCUUUAAUACUUUAGGAUCAUUGUGCAUAUAUUUAAAUGGCUUUUGCACAGAUAAUUAUGAAAAUGUUAAAUGCACUGAUCUAAUUAAUAAAGACAAAUGUUUAUCUAUUAGAACCAAAGGAUAAUUUUGUAAAUUUGAUUCAACUUUAGGUUGUAUUGAUAUAAGCUCCCCUUAGACUGCUUUAAUAUCAUGUUUGAACUCAUUAAAGACAAACCCAUUAUCAUGUUCAUAAAGUACUGAUAUACCUUGUUUUUAUGAUAAUACUAACAAUGUUUGUAAGGAAUUUAGAUACCCUAUUUAAUCAGAAGAUGCUAUGUUUUAUAAUUGGUCUAAUAGAAUAUCUUUUAAUUAGAAAGCAUGUCUAAUGUAUAUUGAAAAUAAUUUAGCUGUUUAUUGGAUGGAUGAAUGUCUAGAGAUACCAGCUAGUGAAUUUAGUUCAUUGACAUGUGAUAAGCCAGUUAAUAAAUGGGGAUGCUUAAGAAUUACGAAUCCUCUCUCAAAUUGUCAAUUUAAUUCAGUAACAUCAACAUGUUAAGAGGCUGAUUUAUCAACAUAUGUGAAUAUAGAUUGUAAUACAAUUGUUAAUGUUAAUAAUGCACGCUUCUGUGAAGUUAAUAAUAAAGAUGAUGUCAAAUGCUAAUAUGAUAGUGCCAAUCGUGAAUGCUCUGUAUUACUUUCACCUCCUAUAACAGAGUGUGAAAAUAAAGGAUAUAAUUUAUAAUCUUGCUUAACUAAUACAGAUAAAUGUUAAUUCAAUAAAAAAUGUUAUUCAAUAUUAGAAUCUGGUAAGUUAUUUUGUUCAGAUGCUUCAUCUAAUCUUGAAGAAUGUAAAAAUGUAUAAAGUGAAGGAUGUAAUUAAUCUUGUUAACCAAUUACAGAUUAUUCAAUAGUUAAUUGUGAGAAUGUUAUCAAUUAAUAUGGAUGUACAAGAAUUAUUAAAUCUCAAUAAUAUUGCUUAUAUACAAAUUAACAAUGUAGUUUUAUAAAUCCUAAAACAUUUUAGAGUACAACUUGUAAAAACAUAUCUAAUAUUAAUAAUCCACUAUUUUGUGAGUAACCAGCAGACGUAGGUUGUUAUUAUGAUUAAGAUUCAUAUUCAUGUAAAACUACUACAACUAGAAGUCUAUUUGGUUGUGUUAGAGGUAUUAAUUAAAUAGCAUGUUUAACUUCAACAAUUCCUUCUCUAUAAUGCAAAUUCCUUGAUUAUUGUUAUGGACCAAAUUCAGCCUUUCUUAAUUGUAAUGUAGAAGACAAUAUAGAUCCAAAUGCAUGUUGUUAAAAUGCAAAAACAAUAGAAUCUUGUCUAUUUUAAGAUAAAUUGAAAUGCUCUUGGAAUCCUGAUACACCAGCAUGUGUUCCAUAUGUGGCAGAAAAUAAGGAGUGUGGAAUGAUAUCAAAUUAAUCAAAAUUAGUUUGUUUAUCUAAAGUAGACACUUUUUGUGUAUUUAAUACAGAAUUAAAGAAAUGUGAAUAAGUACAACCAGUUUCAUGUAAUUAAGCUUAAUCCUAUUAAUAAUGUUAAUCAAUUGAUAUUUUACCUUGCAUUUGGGAUAAUUUAUUAUAGAUUUGUAAAUAUAAAGUGAAAUAGAAUUAAGAUGAAUGUGAAGAUAUUAAAUAAGGUUAUGGUAAUAAAUUAUCUUGUUUAGCUGUUGAAAGAUUAGGUUAAACAUGUUAGUUUAUUAAUGGUUAAUGUGAAACAUACAAUGAAUCAAAAACUGAAAAUAAUUGUUUGAAUAAUAUAAAUAAAGUUGCAUGUACUUAAUAAUAAUCUAGUAAAUGUUAUUGGAAAUAUUCAAUAAUAAAAAUAAAAAAGACUUCAUGGAGUUAAGAAACAGAUCUACAAAUUGGAGAAUGUGAUUUGUUUACUGAUUUUAAUAAUUCAUCAUGUGAAGAAUAUUUAAGUUACUUAUCUUGUUUGUCAGUAUAAACUACAGGUAAGUAAUGUAAAUGGUAGAGUGGUAAAUGUUAAUAAAUAGAAUUCAAUAAAUCAUCCAUAUUUUCACCUAAAGAUCUUAUUUUAGUAAAUAGUAAUGCUUGCAGUUUAAUUAAUAAUGGUGAUAUUGUAUAAUACAAUCCAAAAUCAUAUACAUGUAAAUUGGUCAUAGAUUAAGAGUAAAUUACUUGUUAACCUUUAACUGAGGGUAUCAAUAAAUAGGCUUGUCUAAAAAUCAAAUCUUAAUCUUGUUUAUGGGAUGAUGUUAGUUUUAAAUGUAUAUACAAAAGAAAUAGAUUACUUGUUGAAGAAUAAUAACAAUAGAAUCGUUUAUUAUAAUCUGUAUUUACUUGUAAAAGAGAUGGUAUAGGUCCUAAAUUAUGUAAGUAACUUAAUUUUGAACUUCCAUGUGGUUCAGUUGAUGAUGGAUGUGAUUUAAUUAAUAUUAAUACUGCCAAAUGUGAAGAUCCAGGAUUAAAUAAAUAUGCAUGUUUAAAUUUAACUACAGGACCUUGUGCUUGGAUUAAAGAUGAUGAUUCUGAUUAUUAUCAUUGUGAAGAAUAUUAUCCAUAUACUACUUGUGAAAAUAUAGAAUAUAACAUCAACUCAAUAGUUUGUUCUUAUGUAGAAGAUGAUCCAUGUGUAUAUAAUAGUUUAAAGAAAAACUGUUAAAUACCAUUAGUGGAAUAUAAUGUUUGUGAAAUUUAAGGUAUAAAUGCAAUAGCAUGUUCUAGUAUUGAAGGAUGUAUAUUUAAAGAUUAAAAAUGUAUAACUUGGGAUCCAAAUUAUAAUCUAAUUUGUAAUUAAGCAGAAAAAGCAAAUAAAUCAGUUUGUCAAUUAGCAAUUGAUAGAUGUAAAUAUAGUGAUUUGACUUAUGGAUGUAUUGCAUCUACUAUUACUGAUAAUUGUUAUACAAAUGGUUUGAGUGCUCUUGGAUGUAAUGUACUUGAUGAAUGUUCAUGGAAUAAUAAUUCUUGUUAAUGCAUUUCUUUUUUAAAUAAAUUCCCAGACUGCAGUACUAUUACAGAAUACACAAAAUGUACUAAUAUAGAUUAUUGUUAUUUUGAAGUAUCUUAAUCAAAAUCUAGUAAAGAUAUAACAUAAUAUUUAAAAAAUACUAAUUAUGGAACUUGUAGAUUAAAAACAUGUGCAGAUGUAGAAGUCAAUAAAUGUAAUUAAACUACUAUUGAUCAUACAGUUUGUUAUUUGAAUUCCAAAGCUAAAUGUUUACCAGCUCAUAAAUGCGAGGAUAUCUCUGAUUCUUCAUUAAUUUGUUUGCAAUAUAAAGUUAAUAAUCAAACAUGUAGAAGUAAAUCAGAUAAUAGUUGUUAAACUUUAGAUUGCAAUUAAAUCUUAGAGAAAUCAGAAUGUGAAUUAUAUAGUAAUGAAUGUGUCUAUGCAGGAUAUUGUAGAAAAAGAUCAUGUGAAUAUAUGGGUAAAUCAUAAUGUUUACUUAAUGAUUGUGAUUGGAAUCCUACUUUAGAAAAAUGUUAAAUAUAAUUAGAUUGUACUUAAAUUACUGUUGCUGAUACUUGUAUUAGUAAAAAAUAAGGAGAUUAUCAAUGUGCUUGGUUUUUAACAACUAGUGGACAAUAUUCAUGUACUUCUACAGGUUGUCGCUAUCUUGGUUUAUAAUAAGGAGAUUGUAUGGGAACUCAUAUUGGAACUGAUGUUUGUGUUCAAAUGAUUGAUUUUUCUUGUGUUUCUUGUUAAGAAAUCAAAGAUGCUUGUAUUUGUCUAAACUAAUCACAAUAUUGUACAUAUGACAAAAUCAGUUAAAAAUGUUUAUCAAAGAGUUGUCAACAUCAUAAUUAAGAAGAUUGUCCAAAUACACAUUGCAAAUUCAAUUCUAACACAAAAGUAUAACUAUUUAUUUAUUAUUCUAGAUUUGUCAACCUUUGUGUUAAUAUAACUAUAAUCAAUAAUAAUGUAAUCAAGAUGAUUAAUGCCUUUGGAACAAUACUAAUAAAAUAUGUGUUGCUUAUAUUAAACCAGUUGUAAUCGAAUAAAUCAAUCUACCUUCACCAGAUUACAAUAGAAUUUUAGAUAUCAUUAUUCUAAUACUCAUUAUGAUUUAUUGA